GUCAUACAUUAAUCCCCAUUUAUUCAUACACUGUGAAUAUUUGUACAAAGCAAGGUAAGUCUUGUUCUGGGUAUAGAGGAACAAUCCUGCUGAUUUAAACUGUACCCAAAAUGAGUUUCAAUGAUCUUUUGGUAAAUAUUGGAGGAGUGAAUCGUUUUCAAAUACUCAAUACUGUGAUGCUGCUGCUUCCCAUGCUAUUGAUGGCGUGCCACAACUUUCUUCAAAAUUUUACUGCUGCCAUUCCAACCCACCGUUGCAAGCUUCCUCUACUGGACAAUGCUACAAUGGAAUAUGACAUAAUGAUCUUCAUACCAACGGAUGAGCAUCAGAAGCCCAAGAGCUGUCUGCGUUAUAAAGAAGUCCAGUUUGAUGUCUGGUCAAACACUACAACCUACAACAACACAGAACCUUGUGUAGAUGGAUGGGUCUAUGAUAAUAGCGUCUUCUCUUCUACCAUUGUCACAGAGUGGAACCUGGUCUGUAACUUUCGCAAAAUGAGGCAGAUAGCUCAGUCAAUAUAUAUGGCUGGAGUCUUGGUUGGAGCUGUACUGCUCGGGUCUUUGUCUGACAGGUUUGGAAGAAAGGCCCUCCUGAUUGGUUCUUAUCUACUGAUGGCUGUGUCGGGUACCUGUGUUGCCUUCCUUCCCAGCUUUGUGAAUUAUUGUGUCUUCCGAUGCCUCUGUGGAAUAGCUUUCUCUGGAAUUGUUCUGAAUACCAUCUCCCUGAUUUUAGAAUGGACCCCGCCCAACGGGCGAACUGUGAUGGGGACACUCUUUGCAUACAGCUUUACUACAGGGCAAUUGCUGCUAGCAGGACUGGCAUUUGCAAUCCGAGACUGGAGAUGGCUGCAGUUCACAGUGUCUGUCCCAUAUUAUCUCUUCUUUCUGUGCUCAUGGUUUGUACCAGAAUCUGCUCGUUGGUUGAUACUCAAGGGCCGGACACAUCAGGCUCUGAAGGACCUACAGAGAGUAGCAAGAAUAAAUGGCAAGAAGGAAGAGGGAGACAAAUUAACCGAGAAGGUUCUAAUGUCUCACAUGCAGUCUGAGAUGAAGCAAGUUAAAGGUUUCCAUUCACCAGUGGAUCUUUUUUGCACACCAGGCAUGCGUAGAGUAACUAUCUGUCUCAUGCUCGUAUGGUUUUCUACAAGUCUUGCAUUUUAUGGAGUUGGUAUGGACCUGCAAAAAUUUGAUAUGAGCAUUUUCCUGCUCCAGUUAGUCUUUGGAGCCAUUGAUAUACCUGCAAAACUGGUGGCUGCUCUUUUAAUGAGCUCCCUUGGUCGAAGAAUGACACAAUGUGCAACACUGAUGGUGGCUGGGUUGAUGUUAUUGUCAAAUGCAUUUGUACCACAAGACAUGAGAAUUCUGCGUAUCAUUCUGGCCGUGAUUGGGAAAGGUUGCCUGGGAGGAUCUUUCGCUUGUGCUUAUUUGUUCUCCGGAGAACUAUUUCCCACAGUGGUCAGGCAGACUGGAAUGGGAUUUGUUGCUAUGAAUGCCCGGCUAGGUUCCAUGGUUGCUCCUUUGGUUCUGAUGCUAUGGGAGGUAUCACCCAUCCUCCCCCCUGCUAUUUAUGGAGUUGCUGCCAUGAUAUCUGGAACUGCAGCCAUAUUCCUGACUGAAACUCACAAUAGACAGCUGCCAGAUACUGUGGAGGAAAUAGAGGCCAGAUUCCAAGGUAAAGAAAUAAACAAGGUGAUCCCAAAAGAAGAAAUUAUGUUGAAACCGUGUCAGCCAGAACUUACAAGCAGACUUCUUCCAGAUACGCUAUAAUCCCUUCUCAAGAAUUUAAAAGAAAGAAAAAUAUAACCACAUAUUAACAAUCAGAAGACCUUGUGAAGAAUCUUAUAGAAAAUGGAACAGUGC